UGAGUGCUUAGUGACAGGGGUAUUAAUAAAGCUGUAGAAAAGCCGAAGAGCAGCGAGAUCGAUGUGUGAUAACUAUCACAGUCCGCUGCUCAUCGCCCCGUACUUGGUGCGCGGCUUUUGGACAGCUUUUUUAAUAACUUUGGCGAGCGUAUUCAGGUCCGCGGCGGCGAUGUGAGGCGAGCUUAGGCGGGCGUAUUGGGGCCGGCGAAGGCAGGUAAGUAGACACGUUGAUAACUAGAGGCCAUAGUGUCUUCCUUUCUUCUUGCAGGUGUCACAUUUAUAGCAUCUGAGUCAGACACGGAUGAUAAACAAGAUGAACAAAUACAGGAAGCAGAUGGCAGAGCAGUUCCUGAGUCAGGCCCUGGGUAUCAUCUGCCUGCUGACCGGAGAGGAAUAUGCCAUUGUGAAGAAGAGGCCCCAACACAGCAGCAUUCACCGGCUGAUCGGAGAGGUGCCUAUAAAGUGUGAUGACGUUGCCGUGUAUUUCUCUAUGGAGGAGUGGGAUUAUAUAGAGGGACACAAGGAGCUAUACAAGGAUGUCAUGAUGGAGACUCAGCAAGCACUAAGGACUAUGGAGAUCCCAGGAAACGAGAGCUCAGGUCACAGUGAUGAGAAUCUAAACACAGGAGCAUAUAGAAAAGAUGAUAUUCAGCCAGUGCAGACCCCAUCAGACGUCUCUGCAGGUGACAUUAGUGCUGACGUAGCUGAUCAGACAGAAGAUCCGCGUGUAACGUGUCAGCUGGAAGCUACGGAGCAGGAAAUGUGUGACAGCGACAGUGCAGGUGAUGUUAAGACUGAAUUCACACUUAAUACUGAACAAACAAAUGAUCUGUAUAUAAUGAAACAACUGGAAGCUGUGGAACAGGAUCUUUGUGACAGUAUUACUACAGGUGAUGUUAAGACUGAAUUCACACUUAAUACUGAACAAACAAAUGAUCUGUAUAUAAUGAAACAACUGGAAGCUGUGGAACAGGAUCUUUGUGACAGUAUUACUACAGGUGAUGUUAAAACUGAAUUCACACUUAAUGCUGAACAAACAAAUGAUCUGUAUGUAAUGAGUCCACUGGGAGCUGUGAAGCAGGAAAUCAGUGAGAAUAUCAGCACAGAUGCAUUCACAAACUGCAGUAUUUCUAGUCACGGUCAGAGUUCUUCCAAUCUUCUUCAAAAUCAAAAUAGCCACAGAGGAAAUUUAUGUUUGGAAUUUGGGGAAUGUUUCACCAGGAAAUCAAAUCUUUUUGGACAUCAUAACGUUCAUACAAGAGAGAAACAAUUUUCUUGUUCUGAAUGUGGGAAAUGUUUUACUCGGAAAAGUACGCUUGUUAAUCAUCAGAAAAUUCAUACAGGAGAGAAGAGGCCAGAUGCACAUCACUCAGACAGCGGUGAUCAAGCGUGGAGUUCCAUGUGAAACAUGUCUGCGGUCUUUUUUGCUGUGACCCUGACCUCAAGCUGAUGGAGCUUUGGCCCCCAAAUCAAGAAACUACUUUUUACUUUUUAUGCGGGUGGUGCUGUUUUCUCUUUAAUCUCUUUGAUUGCUACAAGACGGAACCUACUCCUGUGAAGCCCGGAAGUAUCCCUUGGAUUGUUUUUUCAUUUUUAUAGCUGCCUGGAUAUAUUCUAUUGUAGCUGCGGCACCUGGCUACGCUACCUUGUGAGCACCAGUAAACACAAAAACGCUUGUCGCUCCUGCACCAUGUAACCAAAAUGGACUUAAUUUUCCCAGAAUGUGCUUUAAAAUGAUACCAAGCACUUGGGGGUGCUCCCUCUAGAAGCCGGGCUUUAAGUUACCGGACAUAAAAAGUGGCGGGACUAAAUGUUAUGCCCGGAAACUUUAUCUUCUGUCUGCAGGAUCUAGACACAAGGGGGAGAGCAGAAUGUGAUUGGCUUUUUAUGUUUACAUUUUACACCUUGUACUGUAUAUAAAUCCUGUCUCUUGUUCAUUAAAGUGAGUUACUCCCUACUGCA